UUGGGCAAGCAUUGUCAGCGCAACUUGCCACCAGAGUGUAGUUCAUAAACGAUUCCUCUCUUUAUCAGCCUUUCACUAUAUUAUUAUAUAUCCAACUGUUCAAGGACGUUUCAGUUAAAUUGUCGUUAAUUCCGGCUGGAUGGCGGAAGCAUCCGUUAUAGACGCAUCAAAGUUGAAUCCUGAGUCUGCUGAGUUUGUGCCACAAGCUAAACCCAACCAUCCACCUUUUAGAAGACACUAUACUCAGCUGAACAACAGUCAGGACUGGAGGGCUCAUCAUGCCAAGCCACAUCAGCAGUUUAGACAUGGCGAAAAUGUGUUUGUAAACUCUGAGAACAAUGCACUACCCCCUCCUGAACUUUCCAUCAGAGGAGGCGUAAGGGGAGGCAGAGGCGGGAGACAGAGAGGUGGACGAGGUGAUGCUAGACGAUACCUUGACCAACGUCCCAAGUGUGAAAGAUGGACAAAACCUUCAAGUAAACCUGACUGCCCAGGAAGGGAGCAUGGAGCUGGUCAUGGUCAGCGACCCCACACCCCCACUUCUAGCAGAUCCAUAGAUGAGGAGAGGCAGGAAAAACUACCUGUAGAGGCUGACACAAGAAAGUCUUAUCAAGGCAGCCGACAGAAGAAGCCCAAUAAAGGAAGGGAUGAGAGAUCUAUAAAGGAGCCUCUUCCCAGCAAUAGGGAGGAGAGCCAGGCUCCUGGAGAAGUCAAGAAGCCUGUCGGGGCCAGAGAACAUCCAGAACUAAAGCCUGACCUGAGUAACAACAAGGGAUGGAGAGUUGGAGACCGGCACCUGCAGACCAAUUUCCAUAAAAAAGGACCUGUCCCCAAUCAUGGGAUUCAAGGAAACUGGAGGGAAAGAGAGCAUACUCAGAAUAGAGAAGAGGAAAGGAGAGGUGUAGAAGGGGAGUUUGGUAUAGAGGACAAAUCAAACAGGAGUGGAAGAAGUGGGAAUGGGAAUGAGAAAAAAAAAUUACUGCAGAAUCCAGGGCUGAGGAGAGAUGGAGGUCCCGGUCGAAGAACAGGACCAGUGAAACGAAUGGAGCCACCCAAGAGCAAAGAAACUCAGACAGGCUGUUUAAUUGAGCAGCUGACAGAGGAGAAGUAUGAGUGCAUGGUCUGUUGUGAGGUCAUUCGGCUCAUGGCCCCAGUUUGGAGCUGUCAGAGCUGUUUUCACGUAUUCCAUCUUAACUGCAUCAAGAAAUGGGCUCGCUCACCUGCGUCUCAAGCUGAUUAUGGCAGUGAAGGCUGGCGUUGUCCUGCGUGCCAGCAUGUGGCACCGAAAGCCCCAAAUGCCUAUACUUGCUUCUGUGGGAAGGUGACAAAUCCUGAGUAUCAGCGCACUGAAAUUCCGCAUAGCUGUGGAGAUAUGUGUGGAAAGAAGAGGGGUGGAGGGGAAUGCAACCACCCCUGCAAUAUUUUGUGCCACCCUGGGCCCUGCCCACAAUGUCCUGCUUUUAUCACCAAGUCCUGCAUUUGUGGGAGGAUGAGUAAGCAGAUGCGUUGCAGUCAGAUAGGACCUUUGCGCUGUGAAGAAGUCUGUGGGUCUCUGCUCAACUGUUCAGAGCACUCCUGUGCCCAGGUGUGCCACUCAGGGCAAUGCCAACCAUGCCAACUUCUUGUCCAACAAGCAUGCUUCUGUGGCGUGGUAUUCAGGAAGGUGGCUUGUGGGACUGAUCGUGAGAGUUUUGAUGGAUCAGGAUAUUUCUCCUGUUGCAAGCCAUGUGGAAAGAUGCUAGACUGCCAGUCCCAUCGCUGUGAGCAAUCAUGCCACCCUGGGCAGUGCCAGCCAUGUUCACGCAGCCCUAGGCUGGUCAAAAGCUGCUCUUGUGGGCAGACUCCUCUCUCUAAGCUUCUAGAGCUCGGCUAUCCAGAGAGAAAGACCUGUACUGACUCGAUCCCCUCCUGUGGCAAGACCUGCAACAAGCCACUGCCAUGUGGGGAUGCUGGUUCAGUCCACCUGUGUGAAAAGUUUUGCCAUGAGGACAGCUGUGGACCCUGCUCUUUGACCUCCUCUAUUAAAUGCAGAUGUGGCAGUAACAGCAAGGAAGUUUCUUGUGCAGCAAUUCAGACUGAAGAAGACAUGGUGUUUACCUGUGAGAAACGCUGCAACAAGAAGCGCUCCUGCUGCAGGCACAAGUGUGGAGAAUUGUGCUGUGUGGAUGGGGAGCAUAAUUGCUCAAUGAUUUGUGGCUACAAGCUCAACUGUGGUCUGCACCGGUGUCAAGAGAUUUGUCAUCGUGGCAACUGCCAGCCUUGUUGGCAAGCCAGUUUUGAUGAGUUGGCGUGUUACUGUGGGGAGACUGUGCUGUACCCGCCUGUCCCUUGUGGAACCAGACCUCCUGAAUGUAAAAACCUGUGUACACGCAGGCAUGAAUGUGAUCACCCAGUGUUCCAUUCCUGCCAUAGUGAUGAGAUAUGUCCUCCCUGUACCUACCUCACCAAGAAGUGGUGCAUGGGUAAUCAUGAGGAAAGGAGAAAUAUCCCAUGCCACCUGCAGGACAUCUCAUGUGGUUUACUAUGUGAAAAGCUUUUACCCUGCGGUUCUCACCGCUGUAAGAGGAUAUGUCAUCGUGGGGAAUGCCAGGCUGAGGGAGAAUGUAAGCAGCCAUGCACUCAUCCUAAACCUGGCUGCGGGCACCCCUGUGCAGCUCCUUGCCACACAGGCACCCUCUGUCUACCUACUAUUUGCAGUGCCAAGGUGGCACUGCAGUGUGACUGUGGCCGUAAGAAGGAGACAAUUGCUUGUGCUGAGGCAGCCAGCUCCUAUCAAAGAUAUGCAGCUAUUUCCAUGGCCAGUAAGCUGUCAGAUAUGCAAUUGGGAGAGUCAGUUGACAUUGGUCAGCUCACAAAGAAGGAACAGAAAAAGGCUAGAUUGGAGUGUGAUCAAGAGUGUGCUACACUGGAGAGAAACAGACGCUUGGCUGAGGCCCUGCAGAUUGAUCAAUCAGUGGAUCCCUUUAGCAAGUCCAUGUCUUCCAAAUAUAGUGACACUCUCAAGGAGGAUGCAAGGAAAGAUUUAAAGUUUGUCAGUAAUAUUGAGGAGGAGAUCAAGACUUUAGUUGAACUUGCCAACAAGGGUAAACAGUCAAAAAGGAGUCAUUGUUUUCCACCUAUGAAGCGUGAACACCGGAGAAUUAUUCACGAGUUAGCCGAGUCAUAUGGUGUGGAAAGCGUUAGCUACGAUAGCGAGCCCAAAUGCAAUGUAGUGGUCACUGCCAUCAGGGGGAAAUCUAUGUGUCCUAACACUAGUCUGACUGCUCUUAUUGAAAGGGAAACUGUUACCAGAGCUCCUCCUCCUAUUGCCCACAUCAAACAGCACAGCAAGGCCGACAAUAGUAACGUUUGGAUGAAACCAGCUAAAGAGGAGCCAGCCAUUGAUUAUUUUGAUGUUCAGGAUUGAUAUGAAAUUUUGAAAAAUCACUGUAAUCAUUACAUUAAAAAUAAAUGCAUGAUUUGUUGGUAGUACAAAAUCUUGUUUCAUUAUAUUUUUACAGUUUUGAUGGAUAUUUAAACAAUGAGAACCUAAAGCUAUGAAUUGUAGCCUAUAUCAAUAAUAAGGGGAAAUUCUUAGGUUAUUAUCUUUCUUGGAUAUGAUAGCUGGAUUAUGAUAAAUCUGUUUAAAAGUGCACUCCUGUCUGUGUCAUCUUGGACUUCCACUGAUACCAAGUGGCUUGAAUGCAGCAUAAUUUAAAAUCAAUAGUUUUCGGUUUCAGAUGCCAUUGUAGAAAUUUAGUAUUCAGAGUCAGCGAUGAUUUCUUUAAUCAAUGAGUGUAAAAUAACAGAACGGUUACUGAGAUUAAACAAGUAGUAUUUGGCUGGUCAUGUGAAACAUGUGAUCCUCAAC